GUCAGCGUAAUGCGACGUUAUGGGCUUCUGCGUAGCUCUAUAGAACAUUCACUAUCAACCACCAAUAUCAAUGUCGCAACGGGAUAGAGCAUUCUGGAUCUCGAAAUGUUCUUACUAUGUAGAUCUGAAUUAAUACUGUUUUAGAAUAGUGCUAUAGAGCAUCGUCGCAUCUGUUGAUGUUUAUAUAAAGGGCGAAGUUCAUGGCCCUGUUCGAGUAUCAACUCUAACAUUAAUUCCUUACUUUAGGUACACUCGAAACUGCUCAACCGAAUUUGUCGCACUUUGAAAUACUCUUAAACCUCAACAUGCAUCUUUCUACACACACAUGGAUGAGGCAAGAGCCUCUCGAGGUGACUUUCAAAAGGGCAGCUUCCUUAGGUUACUCGUCGAUCGAGCUUGCUGGCGAACCCUCCCGAUACGGUAUUACCGAGACACAAACCCUCUUAAAGAAAUACGAUCUAUCAUGCUGGGCCACUGUGACAAUCAUGUACGGCUCCCGAGAUCUGUCUGCGGUGGACCCAUCGCAGCGCGCGGAUACGGUUAGCUACAUGAAGAGUGUCAUCGACCUAGCCGCUGGAUUAGGAGCAAAGACAGCAACUGUGGUCCCUUGUACCGUAGGCAAGCUUCAGCCGGCAGCGAGCGCGUCUGAGGAAUGGGGAUGGGUCGUGCAGGGUGUGCGAGAAGUAGCCCAGCACGCCCUACGGAAGGGGGUACGUAUAGCGAUUGAGCCUCUCAAUAGAUUCGAGACGUACAUAAUCACCAAUACGUCUCAGGCAUUGAAGCUUAUCGACGAGGCCGACGUGCCAAAUCUUGGCGUCGCGUUUGACCCCUUUCACAUGAAUAUCGAAGAGCCGGACCUAAUCGCCGCGCUGCGUAAGUGUGGUGACGGGGUCUACGACUUCCACCUUGGGGAUAACAAUCGUCUUUCUCCGGGCGACGGUAGCCUGGAUUGGCCUUUGAUCGUGCAGACGUUACGUGAAAUUGGAUACGAUGGUGGCUUGGCUCAUGAAGCUAUGCCGCCAAUCGAUCGGUCUUCCGUCGGGCAGUUUGGGUUAAAGCAAUUGGAAGCCGAACCGUGGGAUGUCGACGAAGGGACUUUACAAUUUCUCAGAGACCACGCUAGUGGUGUAUUAAGGGAUGAUUACUACACUGCUAUGAUAGCGCGGACAGCAGAGACGAUUCUCCCACUGAUUAAAUAACCUAGUUGAUGUAAAGGGACAGUCUGUAGACUCCAAGCCUCAGGAUAGAAUAUUAUGUUAG